AGUUGCUCGUAGAAUUCCUUGCCAAGUGAACGUCUUUUGAUUGUCUUCUGUUUUUUUUUGGGAGACGGAAUUUUAUUGAUUGCCAUUGAGGCAGGUUUUACAGAGCUUUUAUUUUUCACUUUAUUAAUUUUCCUCACAUUGAACGCAAAGUGAAUCCGUUUUGAGUGCUAAAUUGUCCUGAAAAAAUGACAAAAUCCCCAAAAUUUAAAUCUAUGCACAAAAAAGAUUAAUUUAAGUGAUCUUUAGUAGAUCUUAAGUGAUCCUCAAUAGUUGAUUUUGAAGUUUUUUCAUAAUAUUUUGCAAUCAUUUUGCACAAUUCAGGACAGAAAUUCCGGCGUUUUGGCGGGAACAAAUACCCCAACAGAGAAUUGGUGUGUGAGGUGAAAAUUGACGAAGAAGACACAACCACAGAGAGAAGAUGUUUGGACGGAGUGGAAACAAUGCAGCAGUCGCUGGAACGUCUGGUAGUGGUGGAGAGAAUGCCGGCUUCUAUGGGGCCAGAGCCGCGGGUCCUCCAGCAGUUGAGACUGGUCCACGCGCGCGAUCGGACAUAACUGACUACCGUGGUGCUAAUUUAGUGAGCAGUGGUGCAGGUGGAUUACCAAGUGGAUACCAGACUCAGCAGCAGCAGCAGCAACCGGGACAAUCAUACCAGCAAGAUCCGCAGCAGGCUGAAUACUACGACGAAGACGAGGAGAUGGAGGCUGAGAGAGAUUUAGCCGAGGAUGCACAGUGGAAGCGUAUUCAGCAGAACACUUUCACUCGGUGGGCCAAUGAGCACCUCAAGAUUAUCGACAAGAACAUUGUGAACUUGGAAACGGAUCUCGGUGAUGGUUUGAGAUUAAUUGCAUUGAUUGAAGUGUUGUCGCAGAAGCGUCUUCCCAAGCACAACAAACGCCCCACAUUUCGCAGUCAAAAGUUGGAGAAUGUGUCGGUAGCUCUUAAAUUCCUGGAAGUGGAAGGAAUUAAAAUCGUCAAUAUCGACUCAACGGAUAUUGUUGAUUGCAAACUAAAGUUGAUCCUUGGUUUGAUAUGGACACUCAUUCUCCACUAUUCCAUCUCGAUGCCAAUGUGGGAGGGUGAGGAUGACAAUCAACUCAAUGGGAGUGGCCCAACGCCAAAGCAGCGUCUUAUGGGAUGGAUUCACAGCAAGGUCCCAGAUUUGCCAAUUGGGAACUUCACGACAGACUGGAACGAUGGCAAGGCUGUUGGUGCUCUUGUGGAUGCUGUUGCGCCUGGAUUGUGUCCCGAUUGGGAGUUGUGGGAUCCGAAGGAUGCCGCUCAGAAUGCCUCAGAAGCCAUGGGACUUGCCGAUGAUUGGCUCAAUGUGCGUCAACUUAUUCGUCCCGAAGAGAUGGUCAAUCCCAAAGUUGAUGAACAAUCUAUGAUGACGUACUUGUCGCAGUAUCCCAAUGCUAAACUCAAACCCGGUGCUCCUCUGCGUCCCAAAACGAAUCCCAAUAGCAUUCCACCUCCUCGAGUUCGGGCAUAUGGCCCGGGAAUUGAACCAGUUGGGCCUGUUGUUGGUGCACCAGCCAAUUUCACAGUGGAGACCUUUUCGGCAGGCAAGGGUGUUGUGGAUGUGACUGUUGUGGCACCCAAUGGAACGUCUGAGAAGGCUGAUUGUCGGUACAAUAAUGACAAAAAUCUCACAUACUCCGUGUCGUAUGUGCCAAAGGUCGAGGGUCCCCAUAAGGUGUUUGUAAAAUAUUCCGGACGCGACAUCCCGAAGAGUCCGUAUGAGGUACGCGUGGAGGGACAUGCAGGGGAUGCGUCGAAAGUCACAGCAAGUGGUCCUGGGUUGCAACCUGAUGGUGUGAGCGUCAAUCGUCCUACGUUCUUUGAUAUCUUCACCAAGGAUGCCGGUCGUGGGGUGCCUGAGGUGAUAAUUCUCGAUCCAGCUGGGCACAAGACCACAGUUCCGGCCAAAGUGAGACAAACAUCUCCGGAUGUGUGGAGAUGCGAAUACAUGUCGGGGCAAGUUGGUUUGCACUCCGUUAACAUUUUCUAUGCCGGCAAAGCCAUUAAGAAUAGCCCCUUUGGCGUUCGUGUUGCGCCAGUGUCUGAUGCAAGAAAGGUACGUGCCAGUGGACGUGGCCUGCAGCCGACAGGUGUAAGAGUUGGGGAUGUGGGUGAUUUUAAAAUUUACACAGAAGGUGCUGGGGAAGGAACACCGGAAGUACGGAUUAUUGGACCGGGUGGUGUUAAUGAGAACGUCACCGUUAAGAAGGUCAAUCCAAUUACGUACGAGUGUGCCUAUUUCCCCAAAAAGGAAGGACGUUACGUUGUAAUGGUGACAUACAAUGGGCAGGAAAUCCCAAAAUCUCCCUUUGAAGUUAUGGUGGGUCCCCAUAAGAGUUCAACAAUCGUCGCCUAUGGUCCCGGAUUAACGGGUGGAAUUGUCGGGCAUCCUGCUGCCUUUGUGGUGGAGACUAAUGGAGAAACGGGAGCACUAGGGUUCAGUGUGGCUGGCCCAUCUCAAGCUGAAAUUGAGUGUACGGACAAUGGGGACGGAUCGGCUCUGGUUAAGUACUACCCAACUGCUCCUGGAGAAUAUGCUGUGCAUAUUCUAUGUGAUUCCGAGGAUAUCCCAAAGAGUCCUCAUAUUGCACAAAUCAUCCCCAAGGCAGACUUUCAGCCGAAUCAAGUUAAAUCCUUCGGUCCUGGAUUGCAGAAGAACGGUGUGGUUACAAAUCAACCUACGGAAUUCACAGUGGAUGCCCGAAAAGCUGGAUCAGCUCCACUUGAAGUUAAAGCGCAAGAUUCCAAUGGAACACCAGUGCCCGUGGCGAUCAAAGACAAACCCGAUGGCACAAAAUCUUGCUCUUACACUCCGAAAUCCAAUUUGCCACACACAGUUGAAGUAAAUUAUGGCUCUGUAGCCACACCAAACUCUCCCUAUCGUGUGUACGUGAGUGAUCCUCUUGAUCCCAGCAAAGUCGAAAUAAUGGGACCAUGGCUUGAGCCUGGAGUGAAACCCAAUGUCCCAACUCACUUCAACGUUGAUGCAAGAAAUGCAGGAGAUGGUGAACUUAAAGUAAAUAUUACGCACGAUGAGACAAAAAUGGAUGUUCCCGUGAGAAUUCUUGACAACGAAGAUAAUACGUAUGCUGUUGAAGUUACGCCGCUCCUGACGGGAUCUUAUACGACAAAUUUAACUUAUGGAGGACUUAAGGUGCCCCUAUCGCCAAAGGUGUUUGUCAGCCAAGCUGUGGAUGUGUCCAAAAUCAAGGUUGAUGGAUUAGAACCAACUGCUCCGGUGAAUAGCUUGCAGCAAUUCCGUGUGAUCUUGUCGGAAGGUAUUGGCAGAGCUGAUUUAGCUGUAACGAUCACAAGUCCUUCCGGGAGUCGCGUGAAGGCACACGUGAUUCCAACAGCUGAGGGAUUCCUUGUGAAUUUCACACCAACACAGCUGGGAGAGUAUCUCCUGAGUGUGAGCUUCGGUGGGACGCCCAUCACAGCACACCCGUUCCACCUGCAGUGUCUCUCGGGUAGUGAUUCGAAGAAGGUUACCGCCAGUGGACCUGGUCUCGAGCGUGGAAUUGUGGGUCAACCAGCAGAAUUUAUGAUUGACACGAGAGGUGCUGGUCAGGGAGGAUUGGGCGUAACGGUGGAGGGUCCAUGUGAGGCUGCCAUCAAUUGUCGGGACAAUGGCGAUGGCACGUGCAACGUGGCGUACCUACCCACAGAAAUUGGCGACUACAGCGUCAACAUCACGUUCAAUGAUCAACACAUUCGUGGCUCACCCUUUCAGGCCAUCAUCCUGCCACAGCCGAAUCUCAACAAGAUCAAAGUAUCUGGCAUUGGGAUACAACCUCAUGGUGUCAUCAUGAAUGCUGGAACGGACUUCACCGUUGAUAUGAGCAAAGUUGGUGCUGAUGUUGAUGCAAAGAAGCUCGUAUGCUCUGUCUUUGAUCCACGUGGAAAUAUUUUGCCGAGCAAAAUUGUUCAUGGGAAUACGAGUGAUACGUUCCAGAUUAUGUAUACACCCUUUGAGGCUGGCAGGCACACAAUUGAGCUUCUCUACGACAAUGUCCCGAUCCCUGGAUCACCUUUCGUGGUGCACGUGAAGAGUGGUUGCGAUCCGAGUCGAUGCAGGGCCUAUGGGCCAGGACUCGAGAAGGGUUUCACCAAUAAACCCAGCAAUUUUACCGUGGAAACUCGUGGUGCUGGCACCGGGGGACUUUCCCUGGCCAUUGAGGGUCCAUCAGAGGCAAAAAUGUCUUGCGUGGAUAAUCGCGAUGGGUCGUGUGAUGUGGAAUAUACUCCCACUGAGCCUGGGGAGUACGAUAUAACCAUAAGAUUUGCAGAUAAACACAUCCCUGGCUCGCCCUUUAAGGCGCUCGUCGAAGAAUCUGUGGAUCCCAGCAAGGUGAAAGUCUAUGGACCGGGCAUUGAGCAUGGGGAAGUACGCGAAGGGGUUCCAACACAUUUUCUAGUCGACGUUGCUGAGGCUGGCCCCGGAAGGAUUGCUGUGAAACUCAAUGCAUCCGAUGGGAAGCAGUUGGAGAAUGUUACAGUGGAGGAUAAGGGCAAUGGAAUUUAUGCUGUUCACUUUGUUCCACCAAAAGAGGGAACAAAUCUUACUGCCAGUGUUAAAUUUACCGACCAAGAAGUGCCUUGCAGUCCCUUCGUUGUGACUGUCUUCCCGAAAUUCGAUACAAAGAAUGUGAAAGUAUCCGGGGAUACACAGAAGAAGGAGCUACCUGCUUCCUUGCCGGCCAAGUUUCAGAUUGAGACAAAAGAAGCAGGUCAGGCGGACAUCAAUGUAUCGAUAAAGAAUCCACAGGGGAAGUCUCUUGUGCCAAAAAUGGAGGAGAUUGAGGAUGGAACGUAUGCUGUGACUUUUGUGCCAGAUGAAUGUGGACCAUACAAUGUGAGCAUUAAGUACGGAGGGAAAGAUGUGAUUGGAUCGCCAUUCUUGCUUCAAGCACAUCCAACGGGUGAGGCGAAGAAGUGCAAAAUUCCCGAACCCAUUGUGAAGAAGCAGGAACUCGGUGCGAAGAAUCACAUUCCGGUGGAUGCGAGAGAAGCCGGAAUUGGGGCUGUUACGUGCAAAAUUCGAUCACACACCGGAAGCGAUGUGGAUAUUGAUAUUCUGGAGAAGGAUGGUUUCUUCGACAUCUUCUACGUCCUCAGUGAUCCGGGAGAUUAUGAUUUGGACAUCAAAUUCGGCGGACAGAAUAUCCCAAAUGGCAGUUUUUCAAUUAAGGCUGUUGAGAGCAUCCAACAAGGCAGCAUCACCACAACCACUAGCCAUCAUCAGCAAUCCAUUGAACAGUCACAGACUACAAAAUUUGUGCAAAAAUCAUCAAGUGAACAGAUUGAAGAGAAAACUGUACACGCCGUCAACGGAAAAAGUGAAGCAACCAGUGCUAUUACCACUAGCAAAUUUAGAACAAUCGCACUUGAUAAACUACCACUUCCUAGCACAGGUGGAAACGUCAUAGCCGAAGUGAAAAUGCCGUCUGGAAAUGUGGAUAAGCCAUCGAUUGAGGACAAUCGCGAUGGCACAGUAUCCAUCAAGUAUGAUCCACGCGAAGAGGGUAUCCAUGAGUUGGCUGUUAAAUACAACGGUGAGCAUGUUCAGGGGAGUCCCUUUAAAUUCCACGUGGACUCCAUCACGUCUGGCUACGUGACAGCCUACGGUCCGGGUCUCGUGCACGGCGUCAGUGGGGAACCGUGCAAUUUCACAAUCUCAACAAAGGGUGCCGGAGCUGGGGGGCUCUCAUUGGCCGUUGAGGGUCCCAGUAAGGCGGACAUUACGUACCAUGACAAUAAAGAUGGCACCGUGUCCGUGUCGUACUUGCCAACAGCCCCAGGGGAAUAUAAGAUUUCUGUCCGUUUCGGCGAUAAGAACAUCAAGGGAUCCCCAUUCUUUGCCAAGAUCACCGGCGAGGGGCGCAAACGCAAUCAAAUCUCCGUCGGUUCGUGCUCAGAAGUUACACUCCCGGGCACAAUUACAGACGCCGACUUGCGUGCCCUCAAUGCCUCCAUUCAGGCACCGAGUGGCCUCGAGGAGCCGUGCUUCCUCAAGCGCCUGCCCACGGGAAAUAUUGGAAUCUCCUUCACACCACGUGAGACGGGUGAGCACACGGUGUCUGUGAAGCGUAUGGGGAAGCACAUAACAAACAGCCCGUUCAAAGUGAAUGUGUGCGAACGCGAAGUGGGUGAUGCCAAGAAGGUCGUUGUGACUGGGAAUGGGCUUAAGGAGGGCAAGACUCACGUGGAAAAUUACUUUGCCGUCGAUACACGCAAUGCCGGCUUCGGGGGGUUGUCGUUGUCCAUUGAGGGACCCAGUAAGGCGGAGAUUCAGUGCAAUGACAAGGACGAUGGGACACUGAAUAUCAGCUACAAACCCACAGAGCCUGGAUUCUACAUUGUUAAUCUCAAAUUUGCCGAUCAUCAUGUCACAGGAUCACCAUUCACGGUCAAGGUGACUGGCGAGGGUAGCAACAGGCAGCGUGAGAAGAUUCAACGACAGAGGGAUGCAGUACCAAUCACCGAGGUUGGAAGUCAAUGCAAAUUGACCUUCAAAAUGCCUGGGAUUACAUCCUUCGACCUCACGUCCACUGUUACAUCCCCCAGCAAUGUGACGGAGGAUGCAAUGAUUCAGGAGGUUGAGGAUGGACUCUACUCCGUGCACUUUGUCCCCAAGGAAUUGGGUGUGCACACGGUGUCGGUGCGGUACAAGGACAUGCACAUCCCUGGAUCUCCCUUCCAAUUCACUGUGGGUCCCCUACGUGAUUCUGGGUCACAUUUGGUGAAGGCUGGUGGUGCUGGUUUGGAGCGCGGUGAAGUUGGUAUCCCGUCGGAGUUCAAUGUGUGGACACGGGAAGCUGGUGGUGGGGCUCUUGCGAUCUCCGUAGAGGGGCCGAGUAAGGCGGAGAUUGAGUUUAAGGAUCGCAAGGAUGGCUCGUGCGAUGUGUCGUACGUUGUGAGUGAGCCUGGGGAGUAUCGCGUGGGACUCAAGUUCAACGAUCGCCACAUCCCUGAUUCACCCUACAAAGUGUACAUCUCACCAGCCAUGGGGGAGGCGCAUAAGCUCGAAGUGGCGCAAUUCCCACAGGGAAACAUCCAAGCGGACAUCCCGGCGCAAUUUAUUGUCCGGAAGAAUGGGGCAAAGGGAGAGCUUGAUGCUAAAAUUCUCGCACCAUCCAACCAAUCUGACGACUGUUUCAUUCAACUCAUUGACCAAGAUACGUACUCGGUGCGAUUCUAUCCACGUGAAAAUGGUAUCCAUGCUAUUCAUUGCAAAUUCAACGGUGUCCACAUCCCGGGAUCACCUUUCCGCAUCAAGGUGGGCAAAGAUGUUGCUGAUCCGGCUGCUGUGCAUGCGUCCGGGAAUGGAUUGCAAGAAGUUAAAACAGGCGUGAAGACGGAUCUCAUUAUUGACACGUGCAAUGCCGGUGCUGGAUCACUCGCCGUGACAAUUGACGGGCCCUCCAAGGUGUCCAUGGACUGCACGGAAGUCGAUGAGGGCUACAAAGUGCGCUACACCCCACUCCUCCCAGGUGACUACUACAUGUCCAUCAAAUACAACAAUAUGCACAUUGUGGGAUCACCUUUCAAGAUCACCUGCACAGGUGAUAAGCUCGCAGAAGAAGGUGCCCAGGAGACGUCCUCCGUGAUUGUGGAUACUGUGCCAAAAUUUUCAAAAGGCAACAAAGCUCAUGUCCCCCUUAUGCCUGUCUUCCGUUCGGACGCAACGAAGGUCCAAUCAAAGGGAAUGGGUCUGAAGAAAGCCUACCUGGGCAAACAGAAUCAAUUUACGAUCAAUGCAACUGAUGCUGGCAAUAAUAUUCUGUUUGUGGGUAUCUACGGACCUAAAGGACCCUGCGAAGAGGUCUACAUAAAGCACACCGGCAGAAAUACGUACACAGUGAACUACGUGGUGCGCGAACGUGGGGACUACAUUGCAAUCAUUAAAUGGGGUGACGAUCACAUCCCCGGAUCUCCGUACAAGGUGGAAGUGUAGGAGAAUCCCCUUGAGAAUACACCCUUUUGCACACAUAAGAGAGACAAAUUACAACAAAUAUUCAUUAUUCGUUCCCUUUUGACCCAAAAACCCUCUCCUAAAAUUCUUAAUAAAUCUCUUAAUCUCUCUCAGCGGCACGAAGGGCAAAAGAAAAGAAAAUUCUCAAAUGAGAUAUUUUCUUCCCAAAGGAAUUGCAACGAAAUUAAGACAAUAACAUUAAGUUUGAAAGGAGAGAAGAAGAGUACCUUGGGAGGUGGAAUAAAACUUGCAAAACUUGCAGCAUAUCAUUUUUUUAAAUAAAAUAUUUGGGAAGAAAAAGAAUAUCUCAAAAAUGCAAAUCCCUUUUUUGAAGUUGCCAUAGAAGAAGGGGGAAUAAAAGUUGCUCAAUGAGUUGCCCUUCAGAAUGCCAGCAAGAGAGAAAAUUGCAAUUGAAAGUUAAUGAAGAAUAUAUAUAGUGUUUAAGUGAGAAAAAAAGUACAUUUUAGUGCCCACUUCCUUAUACAAUUUAAGUUUGUAAUUUACAGCAAGUUUAUUGUAUUAUUGUAACUUUCUAGGAGGAAAAUAAAUUUAUUAAAAGUUUAUACGAU